AUGAAGAGAUACAUUUUAGACCCCUCAGGCGACUACAGAGGCAUCACCGAUGAUCCGGAAGCCGUUCCAACGACAAAGCAGGUGCUCUUGAUGCGUCUACACCCAUCUCAGAAAUCGCCAUGUCCGAUUUGCCUACACCCAGAGCCAGUGGGACCCUACAUGCUGGAAUGUGGGCAUGUUUUCUGCAUUUCCUGUUUGUGUCGACUAUCGCAGCAGAGCGAGAGUCGUUCACAGCACAAAAUCUCGUCUCAGAACGAAGUGACGUGUCCUUCAUGUGUCUACAAAGACUACGACGUUUCCCGGGGAAAGUUCGUUCUAUGGGACGAACAGCGACCGAGCGGAACUGACAAAGGCCACUUGGAAAUGCAAAUGAAGGUGCGAAUAUCUGGAAACUGUGCUGUUGUUCGAGAUUGUAGCUGUGAGGCGUCGUCGAGCUCGGAUACCAUCCCGUACCAUACACAAAAGGGCUUCGAGAGUUCGAGGUACUUGUUAGGAGAUAGAGAUGCUUUAAUUGGCUACUAUAGCUCGUUGAAGCAUGCGAUUGAGCAAGAGACCAUUCUUGACCACAACGAUGAGACGUUCUCAGGAGAGCAUGUGUCUCAAGUGGUUAAGUUGGUGGAGAACAAGAUCAAGGAAAGCGAAGCAUUAGGAGGAGGAGAAUCGAUAGAAGAGGACCUGGACAAGGAAAAGGAUCCUGGGGAUGAUGUAUUUGCACAUACACCCAAGGGCGACUUCUACGUGUCCCCGAAAAAGAGAUCUGCAUUGAAGGCCCAGUUUCCUACUGUGUCUCAUAUUCCGAACCACAUGAAACGACCAGUUCGUUUGCGACACUACUACCAAGGGACGGCAGGGGAGGAUGUCUACUUGUCGAAACUCGAUUCGAAAAUCAUGCAGACUGCCUUUGGGAGUCUCGACAAGAGUCCAGCACUGAUCAAUGUUCCUGUGGAGGCAGUUACUCAGGCGAAGGUGACGAGGGAGAUGAAAAGAGACGCGGAAUAUGAGCAUUUGUCGACAGACUCGACGAUUUCACUGGUAGAGAUUGACUGGGAAAAGACGGACAUUGUUACACCGGAGGUUCUGGUUGCUUUCACAGACGCCAUUUCUCGGAGACGCGAAGCGCGUGAAAAGGUCAAGCGGGCUGAACGAGCUGCUCAGAAGAAGAUCCAGAAAAGCAUGCGCUAUGAAGAAGACUAUUACUAUGAUGACGAUGACUACGAUGACGGAUAUGAGGAUGAGUAUCAGACGAACGGAGGCUUGCCCCCUCUGGACCUGUUUGAUUGCGUCACCAAGGUGGUUGAUAAGAGGUGGUGA